CACACACACACACAUACACGCAUUAUCGUCUCCUUCCAUCAGUACGCAACGGAGAUACCAAGAAAGGCAAAUGGGUAGUGGCGGAAAGGUUUUCACUUUGGCUCAAGUCUCCGAGCACAACACCCCCAAGGACUGCUGGCUUAUCAUCAAUGGCAAGGUUUAUGAUGUGACCAAGUUCUUGGAGGACCAUCCUGGUGGUGAUGAUGUAUUGGUGUCAGCAACAGGGAAGGAUGCAACUGAUGAUUUUGAGGACGUGGGUCACAGUGAUAAUGCCAGAGAUAUGUUGAAGGACUUCUACGUGGGAGAGAUUGAUGCCUCUACUAUCCCCAAAAGUACCACAUACACUCCGCCGAAGCAGCCUCAUUACAACCAGGACAAGACUUCAGAAUUUAUCGUCAAACUUCUCCAGUUCCUGGUUCCCAUUGCAAUCUUGGGUUUGGCUUUUGGCGUCCGCCUUUACACCAAGUCAUCAUAAGGUUCUAGAUUAUGUUAUUGUGACAGAAUUGUUAGUCGUAUAUUAUUGUGACGAGUAGUGAAUACUACUCACUUGGUGUGGGCAAUCUUGCAUCGGAUCGGAUGAUAUUUUACUGGUAUUGUGUGCUUGUCUUAUCA